UUUUAUUCUCUCCUGAUCCCGUUUUGAUUGAACAUAAUACUCUUAACAAACAUCAUCAUCUUCCUUCAAUUGUAUUCCUAUUUUUGAAAAUCCCAGUGUUUGCGUUAAUGGAGAUCGCUCCAUCUUCGAGUAGAUUCAAGCUUAACGAUCAAUUUAAGCUUCUUGAGUUUCCUGAUAAGUACGUCGUCACACCAGUCGAUUCGCCUCAUGAAGGCGGCGGCUUCUCCGUUAAUCGGCGUGAUGGCAAUAUCAAACCUCUUGAUGAAGACGCAUCUUCUGAGAAUCCUACUAAAUUCUCUACUAUCUAUGGCGUAGGAGGAACUAUUAGGCUCUUAGCAGGAACAUACUUGCUCGUUAUAACGUCUCGGGAGAAAGCUGGGAGUUUCCUUGGUUUUCCGAUUUUUAGAGUUACCGGUAUGAAAUUCCUACCUUGCAAUGAGGCUUUCAGGUUUGCUACUGCUCAAGAAAAAAAGGAUGAAGCAUAUUUUAGGACUCUGUUACAAGCACUUGAGGCAACCCCUGGAUUGUAUUUUUCAUAUGAGACAGAUUUAACAUUGAACUUGCAAAGAAGGUGCAAGCUAGCUGAAGGUUGGAAUUGUAAGCCCAUAUGGAAGCAGGCUGACCCUCGAUUUGUUUGGAACUGGCGUCUUUUGGAGGAAUUAAUCGAAUGCAAACUGGAGGGUUUUAUUCUUCCUCUACUUCAAGGGAGCUACCAAGUUGCUGAGCUAAAGCUCAAGAAUUCUCCUGCUGUGAUAUCGCUAAUUUCCAGGCGCUGUACACGGCGUCUAGGUACACGUAUGUGGAGAAGAGGAGCCAAUCUGGAGGGGGACACGGCUAAUUUUGUGGAAACUGAACAAAUAGUGGAGAUUAAUGGUUUCAAGUUCUCAGUAUUGCAGGUUCGAGGUUCAAUCCCACUUCUUUGGGAGCAGAUCGUUGAUUUGAGCUAUAAGCCACAGCUUAAGAUAAAUAAGCAUGAAGAGACGGUAACUUUUGUUCGAGGUUCAAUCCCACUUCUUUGGGAGCAGAUCGUUGAUUUGAGCUAUAAGCCACAGCUUAAGAUAAAUAAGCAUGAAGAGACGUUGCUUUCUUUCCUUUUUGUUGCAUCAUAUGAAAAGAGUUACAUGGCCCAAAAAAUUCUGAAUCUACAACUUCAAAGGAUCGGGGUGUUUGAUUCCACAGAUUGUGUGUCUUUGUUCGAAGAUGAUUACACAAAGUUCAGAACAAUUUGGGCUGAGCAAGGGGACGAGAUUAGCUUGCAAUACGCCGGGACAUAUGCUCUUAAGGGUGACCUCGUCAGGUACGGGAAACAGACUAUGGCUGGAGCAAUCAAAGAUGGCAUCAGUGCGAUGUCGAGAUAUUAUCUGAAUAACUUCCAGGAUGGUGUAAGGCAGGAUGCUUUGGAUCUCAUAAGUGGUCGAUACACAGUGGGCACAAACAGCCCUUCACAGCUUCAGCGCAUUGGAGCACAACCGUCUUUCCUGCCAGUGGCAUCCGCAUUGUUGAUAGGUGGUGUUACAGUGACAUCUUUCUCAAUUCAUCAAGCGGGAAGAAACACGCAGCAGUAUCUGGCGACAGCAUUGUGGGCUGGAGUGACUGCAGGAGUUGUGGCGAUGAUCAAGGCCAAUGGAAGGCACUUGUGUUCAAGGCCUCGUCUCUGCCACCUAAUUUGAUUUCCAUAUGAACUGAGAUGAUUUGUGUCUCACAUUCUUCUCAAAACACACGCACACAUUACCUCUUAUGCUUUCUCCUGUAUUUCUUGUUGAACUUCCGUACAAGAAUCUUAGAAGUAGAAGGCUAUUUCACUGAACUGUUUUUUUAUUUAUAGUUAUUAUUGAUC